AUGAAGCCGAACGAGAAAAUAAAGUUAGCAAGCUUGUUCGAUAAAAUAGAGUCACAACUUCGUGCUCUCGAAUCUCUUGGUGUGACAACGGACAGAUGCGGCGCCAUGUUGUACCCUCUCGUCGAAUCGUCGUUGCCGGAAGAAUUGUUACGCGCCUGGCAGCGGAAUCAAGUGACGCCAUCUGCGCCACAGCGUAUGGGAGAGGAGCCACCGCCGAGAGAAGAUAGACUCACACGAUUAAUGAAAUUUCUACAAUCCGAAGUGGAAAAUGAAGAGCGCAUAACGAUCGCGGUAAACGGUUUUGACAUGAAUGAACGGAAGCAGUCAAAAAAUAAACAACGCUCGGAAUCCACUAAAGAUACGCCUUCUGCUAUGAGUUUACACGCGAGUGGAAAGGUUACUAAACCUACCGUGUGUGUGUUCUGCGAGAAUGAACAUGCAAGCAUGAAAUGUGAGAAAGCACGCAAAAUGACGCUGAGUGACAGGAAAUCGGUGUUGCAAACCAAAAAUGCGUGUUUCAACUGCCUGAAGAUCGGACAUCAAAGCCGUAUGUGUCGCGGAAAUCUGAAAUGUGCCUUAUGCAGUCGUCGUCAUGUUGUGUUAAUGUGCCCGGAGGUUAUGGGCGACCGUAAUGUAGCGCCGUCUCACAAAGCAGACGGAUGUGAUGUCAAAGAUGAAAAGUCGCUACUCAGUCACACAAAAGGGCCAGAAGUGAUACUGCAGACCUUACACGCGAUAAUCAGGAACAAACAGGAAGAACGUAUCGUGCGCGUGUUCUUCGAUUCGGGUUCUACAAAAUCGUACGUGUGUAAAGACCUUAUCCGCGUCAUGAACUAUGAGCCGAUCGGCAUGUUGAAGCUGAAGCACUCUCUGUUCGGCAACGUGUUUUCAGAAAUUAAGGAUCACCGAAAAUACCUGGUUCAUAUGAGCAGUCUUGAUAGAAAAUAUGCCUGCAACUUCCAAGCCUACGACGAGGACGAAAUAUGUGCCGAUGUUCCUCUAUGGGAUGAGCAGCCUUGGAUGAAUGAAUUAAAGGAGCUAGGCAUACAGUUAACAGACGGACCAG